AUGAGCGAAACCCUCGUAAUAACCUGCCCAAGUGGCAAACAAUGCUCCCGCCUCAUCCCCCUCCUUUACAACAAGGGAAAAUUCCACCUCCGUCUAGCCGCGCACUCUGAAACCUCGGCUCAAAAGCUCAAAGCCAACUACCCAGACGCCGAUGUCGUGACAGCAGACCUCCAGUCCGUAUCCGACUGCCGCAAGCUCCUCCACGGCGCCACAGCUAUCAACGCCGUCCUGCCGAGUCUGCAUUCUCAUGAAAAAGAAAUCGGCUUCAAUCUGAUCGAUGCUGCUGUUGCUGAGUCUCGACGUGAAGGAAAUGUGUUUAAGCAUUUCGUUUUCUCGAGCGUUCUUGGGACCCAACAUCGGAAUCUUCUUCAACAUGAUUUGAAGAGCUAUGUUGAGGAACGGCUGUUUUUGAGUCCGCUUGAUUGUUGGACUAUUCUUAAGCCGACAAAUUUCCUAGACGCCUACCCCGUCGCCGCACUAGCGGCACAGGAAAACCCCGUUCUCGAAAAAUGGUGGAAACCAGAGCACGAGAACAGCGUGAUCGCCCUGGCGGAUUUAGCCGAAGCAUCAGCCAAGGUAUUGAACGAGAGAGAAGAGCAUUAUCUAGCCGAAUACCCCCUAUGCUCGACCAUGCCCAUCUCCGAGACGGAGAUUAUCCAAAUCAUCGAAAGGCGCAUUGGGAAGAAAAUCGAGCUGAAGACGCCUUCCUUUGAUACGGGCGUGAAUAAACUCAUUCGGGCUUUGUAUGGUGGGGAGGAGAAGGGAGAUGGGGAGCUGGGUCUCGGACUGGCGAGUGAGGGUGAUUUACGGGGUGAUCUUGUUCGUGAUGCAGUUGAACAUUUGAUUUUGUUUUAUAAUCGGCGCGGGUUGAAGGGAAGUCCCAAUGUUUUGAGGUGGUUGUUGGGGAGAGAGCCUACGUCGGUUGCGCAGUGGGUGGAUGGCGUUGCACUUCCGUGA